CGGUGAAGGUGGAGCGUCGUGCGUCGUACGUCGUGACGCAGUGGGACUUCUACGCGUGGUCGGCGUUUGGCCCCGCCCUUCCCGCCGUGACGGCGAUGGGUCGGAAGCGGUGUGUCGGUGCAGAUUGUUCGAAGAUGGCGGCCGGCUGCUGCGGGGUGAAGAAGCAGAAGUUGUCGGGAUCCCCAGGAGCAGGGGGUCCCGGCGGGGCGGGCGGUGGGGCAGCCGGGACCGGGCACUGCGGAUCGGACUUGGGGAUUGGGUCUUCGACGUCGACGGUGGUGGCCGGCAGUGUGAGCCGAGUGAACGGCCUCGGGGGUCCGGGGGGCAGCGGGAGCUGUAGCGGCGGUGGUGGUGGUAGUAGUUGUAAUAAUAUUGGAGGUGGUAGCGGGAGCAGCAGCGGCGGUGGUGGUGGCAGCAGCGGAUGCAGCAACAACACAAACACCGCUCUGUCGCCGACUACGGGAGGCUACAACUCCAACACCGGCCUCUCCCCGAACCUCAGUCCGGGCUCGGGCUCGGGCCGGAAGAUGGUGGUCUCGGCGGAGAUGUGUUGCUUCUGUUUCGACGUGCUUUAUUGCCAUCUUUACGGAUACCAGCCUCCCCGAACACCCAGGUUUACAAACGACCCCUACCCACUGUUUGUCACUUGGAAAAUCGGCCGGGACAAGCGGUUGAGAGGUUGUAUAGGUACAUUUUCUGCCAUGAACCUGCACUCAGGACUCAGGGAGUACACCCUUACCAGUGCCCUUAAAGACAGCCGCUUUCCCCCAAUGACGAGGGAAGAGCUGCCCCGCCUCUUCUGCUCAGUUUCUCUUCUCACCAACUUUGAGGAUGUUGGUGAUUAUCUAGACUGGGAGGUGGGUGUUCACGGCAUUAGGAUAGAAUUUUUCAGUGAAAAAGGAUCAAAGCGCACCGCCACCUAUCUGCCAGAGGUUGCAAAGGAGCAAGGAUGGGACCACAUUCAAACCAUAGAUUCCUUACUUCGAAAGGGAGGCUACAAAGCUCCCAUCACAAACGACUUCAGGAAGACCAUCAAACUGACCAGGUACCGUAGCGAAAAGAUGACUAUGAGCUACGCGGAUUACAUCGCUCACCGCCAGCAUCACCACUACCAGAACGGCAUCGGGCACCCCCUUCCCCCGUACAACCAUUAUUCCUGACAGCGAGCCGCAUGACCAGUCACUGGACCUCUCCGCGGACCUGUUCCCGGGAGAGCCCACCCCCUCGUGGUCUAGCUAUCUCUACUACUGUACCAUUUUAUGAUGAUAGUUUCCGUUGCCAUGCCAACACACCGAUGUAGAUGAUGGCAUGGCAGCGGGUGGCAAAGAAGCAUCACGAUAACGACGUGGAAAAAUAUCAAAACAAUUCGUAUAUUUUCUCCUUUUUAUCCUUUCUAUUAAUUUUUUUGCAGCAUAUAUAUUAUCAAAAUAUACACAAAUAUAUCAACGUAUAACCCCUUUUUUUCCCUAUUUUUAAAAAAGCAAAUAAACAAGUACUGCGUUUUUCUUUUAUUUUUUAAUAAAUUUUUUUUUUUUUUUUCAACGAAUCCUAAUCAGGUUUUUUGAGUCUGUGGAUGGAAAUAAGUCAUAUUAAUGAGGGGCUCGUCUCACAGAGAGGAGACGUGUUCACGUGCGCUAAGCGUUAGUUCCAGGCGAACGCUACACGACUUCGAUCCCGUUACGAUUUCAGCCAUCGCGCCAAAAAUGUACGUAUAAAUACGAGUCAGUGUCAAAGUCACAAACUGGAUGUAAGUUUACACUUGGUGUGCGAGCGAGUUUUCUAACUCACGUAACAACGCUGACGCUGAUUUGUUCGCGUUUUGUUUCCUUUGUUAAAGACUCAAAUGAGGGAUCAGUAAAGACACACUUUCUGUUUGCUUUUUUCCAUUUGAUGGAGAUUACAAAGUGGGCGUGGCUAAACCUAAACGUGACUUUGACGUGCUUGUUUUUAAACUCAAUGUACCGCAGAAUUUUUCAUAAAUAUUCACAAAAACGUAACUGGUAUAAAAGUGAAUUCGUAACGGGUGUGAAAGCUGUGUACUGUUCCCCAGGGUGGUUUUCAUUGUAUACUUUUAUUAUCUGUUUUUAUGUCCGUCAUGUAGUUAUCAGACGGCGUGUUUUUUUUUUUUUUUUUUUUUGUUUUUCCCUCUUUGUGCAAUUUUAUUUUUUUUUGUGUUCUUUUUUUUAUUUAAAUCGAAAAAAUUUCCGUUAUCUUGGACAUAAUUAAAAUUUUUCCGAAGCUUUCGACUUUGUUUCCCCUGUAUGACGUCAGAUUGCUGAUGUUCGAAACUAAAACUCGUCAGUAUGUAGCCGCUAGGUCUCUCGGACCCCUUUUCGGUGACGUCACGCCGGCGGCUCUGAUGAACUGCUUCCUGUUUUCGUCAUCGUUUCAUUUUUCCCUCCUUUGGUACAAAUCGCCGGAUCACGCCGUCGUCGUUCUGAAGGGUGCUUCAUAAAAAAAUAAAAAAUAAAAUAAAAAAAAACAACAAAACAACUGCAACCUUCCCCCCGUUCCUGUUCAUGGCGUCACUUCAGGGGGGGGUUUGGUGUAGAAGGUGCUCAAACUUUUACAAACUGCAGAACUUUAGUCUCGUCGUUUUCUCAGUGAGGGACCAGCCAGGAGAUCAUCAGGAGGAACAUGAUGAUGAGGAAGGACUCUCGAAAUAUUUGCUAGCUAGAAUUACAGGAUUUAAUUCCCUUCCUCUAAAAAACGCUUUUUUUAUUUUAUCACACAGAGAGGAACUCAAAUCUACGUGAGACUUUCGCUCAGACGACAGGAGUGUGAGCGCAACGUGAACUAAAAGCCAUACUCUUCUUAGAGGCAUUGUGUAGCGGUCAGGGCGUGUUGUGGGGUUAUUGUGUGUUUGGGGAAUUUUUUCAUGUAAUUUUUUGGGGAGGGGGGGAGCGGGCAAGUCAUCCCAGGUGUUUGUAGACUGGAAACCUCUUCGCAAGAAGUUACCUCACACACACUGAGACGUUCACGCAAACAUCACAAUAUGACUCCGACGCAACGCCUCAAAGCAUCGUGCUUGGCACAAGCAAUGUUUACAUUCACGUCCGAACACGACACAAAACCCAUCCCGACACAUCGGUCGUCCGCGAAGGUCAUGUGGAGCACAGGUGGCCAGACCCUGAGACUCACCUGAGACUCACCUGAGACUCACCUGAGACUCACCUGAGACUCACCUGAGACUCACCUGAGACUCACCUGAGACUCACCUGAGACUCACCUGAGACUCACCUGAGACUCACCUGAGACUCACCUGGAGCACAGGUGGCCAGACCCGAUCUCAUAGUCAUCGUCUUUCUCCUGGUUUGUUUGCGGUCGGGGAUCUCUCUCGUUUCCUUUUUCCGUUACUUCUUUAAAGAGAAAACGUGCUGUUUUUUUUUUCCAUAGUUUAAUAAAUUCGUGUGAUGGUGACACGAAAAACCGCAUUUUGUUAAAACCCGAUAUAAAACCGUGCGAUGUUCGUGUUUAAACGCAGAAACACACCGCAAGAGGGCGAACUCUUUCUUUUCUUUCAUAUGCAAAAAUAAAUAAAUAGCAUAAAGCGGUAAGGGCUUUUGAUGUUCCAUCCACAGUCAUCUCCAGCUCCAUGAAAAGUCUAAAUCACAAACCUUUUUGUUUUUGGAAUAAACGGAUCGGUGAGGAGCAUGAGGGGAGCAUCCUGAUCGUUCAGUCUGCUUUAUUUCGCCACGGUGAUGGGUUUCAUCUCCAGACUUUUCGGGUCAUCAUCGUGUCCAGCAUCUCGUGUCCGGGUUUAAUUUUCCGAUCACUUUAAAACGCCUCGCGAGCGCUGAACGAUCAGAACACCGAUCCGUGAUCUUCUCGAGUACAGCACAAACUGCACUCAUUUCCUUUUCUUUUCUGCUGCAAAAUAAAUUAAGGAUUUUAUUUUUUGCGUAAACAAAUUCGCAAUACAUGUGUUACCUGUGUGGUGUUCGAGAGAGAGAGAGAGAGAGAGAGAGAGAGACUAUAAAAUGGUGCUACUGGACCUUAUAUUUUUUGUUCCUGGGGGGGUUCAAGGUCACAUUUGAGACGUGACUGGUCAUGCGGACUCAUCAGUCAUAUCAGACUUCAUCUUAUCCUUGAUAUAUGCAGAUCUGUUUUACAGGUGUGUUGAUUUUUUUUGUUUUGUUGUUGUUUUAUUUU